AUGUCUUCCACUACGCCUGCCGGCUCGUCCGACGAGACAUACGUCCCUCCCGAUGCCCAUAUUAACCACGAUGCCUCGAUAAAAUACUGGAAUGAAGUCAGCGCCAGUUCCAGCGGCAUGCUGGGCAUGCUCGGCGAGUAUCCCUGGUACACGCGCAUUGAUCUUCGAGGCUCCAAGACCUUUCUGACCAAGGCGCGUCGAUUGAUUCCGGCCUGUUCGACACAAGAAAAAUUCAAGCUAGGCGUGGACUGCGGCGCAGGAGUUGGUCGGAUAACAGAGGGAUUCCUCAGGGAGGUCUGCGAAGUGGUGGACGCUGUCGAGCCGGUGGAAAAGUUCACCAAGGUGCUACACGAAGGACAUCUGAAGGAUAAGGGCAUCAUUGGGGAUAUUUACACAAUGGGAAUUGAGAGCUGGAAUCCGGAGAAGAAAUACGACUUGAUCUGGACGCAGUUCUGCGUGGGACAUCUCACAGACGUCCAGUUAGUCGAGUACUUUGCGCGAUGUCGCGAUGCUUUGACGGAGACCGGCGUUAUGGUCGUCAAGGAGAACAUGUCGACUGAUUUGCGAGGAGAGGAUAUGUACGAUGACGAAGACAGCAGUGUGACCAGGACGGAUGAAAAGUUCCGCAAGCUUUUCAAAGAUGCUGGGAUGAAUGUCAUCCUGUCUGAGAUCCAGACUGGAUUCCCAAAGAGCUUCAAGCUUCUUCCUGUCAGGUCGUAUGCCUUGCGACCGAACAGCUGA